AUGGUCGGUUGUUUAGGCAAACUCUACGGCAGCUUAGAGAACCUAAAUAACGCAUACUUGCAACCCAACCUCAACAAGGAUGUCCUUCUAAAACCUAAGAAGCUGACAAUGCCAAUUGGUGGCGCCCAUCAACUUCUUCCUGCAUUGACCAACGGUGAAUCAAAUGGUAAAAAGUUGUACACGUGUCAGUCAUGUUAG